GCGGGGCCAGUCGCGGCUUCCGGCUUCCGGCCGAGAGGGUGGUCGGCCGCCGCCGUCAUGGCAGCUGAGGAGAAGGACCCCCUGAGCUAUUUCGCGGCUUACGGGAGCAGCAGCUCCGACUCGUCGGGCGAGGAGAACAGCGAGCCGGAAGACGGGGGUCGCAAGGAGGCGGCGCCGGCUCCGACGGCGGGCGGCCGCGGGAAGCCGGCGGAGAAGCGGCUGCCGGGCCCCGAGGAGCUGUUCCGCAGCGUGACCCGGCCGGCCUUCCUCUACAACCCGCUCAACAAGCAGAUCGACUGGGAGCGGCACGUGGUGAAGGCGCCCGAGGAGCCUCCAAAGGAAUUCAAAGUCUGGAAGUCCAACUAUGUGCCACCCCCAGAGACCUACACUACUGAGAAGAAGCCGCCGCCGCCGGAGCUGGACAUGGCAAUAAAAUGGUCGAACAUCUAUGAGGACAAUGGUGAUGAUGCCCCACAGAAUGCUAAGAAAGCCCGGCUUCUGCCGGAAGGGGAGGAGACCGUGGAAUCGGAUGAUGACAGAGAUGAGCGUGCAUCUAAAGCUCGAAGAGUGGAGCCAGAAGCAGCCAAGAAGAAGAAGUAGAGAGGCAGUGGCGGCGAGAACACUGGGCUGCGGAGCUCCUGAGAUGUGUCGUUGGCUGGAGUGUUUGCUCUUGUGGUUCUCAUGACAGACAUCUCCAUGAGAGUAUUUAUGUUAAUGAACUAACAAGUAUCGCCUCAAGACUUUCCACUGUAGAACUGAGGUUUUUAUUUAAAACCUGUAUGUAUUUACAACUCUAAUGGUGACCUGUGAUUGUGAACUGACAGUACUUGGAAGCAUUCUGGCUAUCACAGAAUUGGUGACAGGCUUUGAGAGUUUUGUCACAUGGACAUGCCAAUGUUCUUUGGACCUUUUAUAAAGGAAUCUAUUUUUAAAGUAAAUAUAUUGUAAUGUACUGUGAACUUGUGGGUGCUCUUCAUUAGUGUCUGUACAGUGUAAAUAGAUGAUCAUGGAAAUAAAAUUACUUCCGUCAA